UUAGCCCAGGAGGAGGAACCGAACUAGUUGGGUAAAACUGUGGAUUUUGUGUAGCCCUCGAGUCUCUGCAGGUCUGUGAUGAAGGACCCAUUGCAUUUAAGUCCUAACAUCUGAAAACCCUGGCAUGCAUAUUAACAUACUGUAUUUGCCCCGGAUUCGUGGAUCCAACAGCUCCCGGAGAAGACUUGAGUGAGUUCAAUUACCAUCCGAAGACUUUGAAUCUGAAACGUGGGGACUUUAUUAGGCUAAUUGUAGCUAGUUUGCUAACAGGUGUGAAGGACAAAGGGCCUAGAGAGAGGCCGUUGGUUAGUCAUGUUUGCCGCUUGAAACCAGCUAGUGCUGCCUGGCGUUCUCCUCGUUUGGCAAGAGACUGGGGGAAAAAACAGAGAGACGUUUCCAACUGCUACCCAGGCUGGAAAUGUCUGGUACCUAUUGCUGGCAAAACUAGCUGAGGAAUAGACAAGUCAAGAAAUAUGCCCCAGCUGCUAUGCACAAUGAGAUCAAGGGCAAGUGAAUCCGUGGAAUGGGGACGGUCCCGCCGGCAGCGGCCAGUGAGCCCGAGCUCCCCUGAGUAGCCGAAGCGAAGCGAAGCCCGAACCGAGCCCCGGGGGGCUGCAGGAUGCACCCCCCCUUUGGAUGCUUUUAAGGCAGCAGCCGCCACAUUAAGGCGAAGUGUGAAGAUCCCCCUUCCCCAGCCGCAGCCUGAGCCUCCUGCCCCCCCGGCGAUCAGUGAAAUGCUCCAGGAGAAAGGCCUGUCUGAAACGGAAGAAGGGUUUCCAGCGGCCCAGGCACCUGGUCAUGCAGAAUCCACCGCGGGUUCCCCGGUUCUCGGCGUGGCAGGAGUCAGCAGCACUCCGCUGAGCAGUCCGCAGGGCCAGGAUCCGGAGCAGACAAUAGAAAACAUCAAAGUCUAUCUCCACGAGAAGGAGCUAUGGAAGAAGUUUCAUGAAGCUGGCACCGAAAUGAUAAUAACCAAAGCAGGCAGGAGGAUGUUUCCUAGCUACAAAAUUAAGGUAACCGGGAUGAACCCCAAGACCAAGUACAUCUUGUUGAUUGACAUUGUCCCAGCUGAUGAUCACCGGUACAAAUUUUGUGACAACAAAUGGAUGGUGGCUGGGAAAGCGGAGCCCGCAAUGCCUGGGCGGUUAUAUGUUCAUCCGGACUCACCCGCCACGGGAGCUCACUGGAUGCGGCAGCUGGUGUCGUUUCAGAAGCUAAAGCUCACUAACAAUCACCUCGAUCCGUUUGGACACAUUAUUCUUAAUUCGAUGCAUAAAUACCAGCCAAGACUGCAUAUUGUGAAAGCAGAUGAAAACAAUGCCUUUGGGUCCAAGAACACGGCGUUCUGCACACACGUGUUUCCAGAGACAUCCUUUAUAUCGGUGACCUCCUAUCAGAAUCACAAGAUAACCCAGCUGAAAAUUGAAAACAACCCAUUUGCCAAGGGCUUCAGGGGAAGCGAUGACAGCGAUUUGCGUGUGGCACGGCUACAAAGCAAAGAAUAUCCAGUGAUUUCCAAAAGCAUCAUGAGGCAGAGGCUGGUUUCCACUCACGGCCAGCUUUCAACAAAAACAGAUGUCAACCCACUCCAUGGGAAUCACCAGACCCUUCAGCAUUAUCAGUACGAGAAUGGUGCUCAUAUGCCAUUUGCUGCUUCGGAUACUCAAGAUCUACCACUCAACACCUUCACAGCACAGAGAGAUUCAGGGCUCUUUUAUCACUGCCUGAAAAGAAGAGAAAGUGCUCGGCAUUUAGACCUGCCCUGCAAACGCUCCUAUCUGGAAGCCUCCUCUUCUGUAGGAGAAGAUCAUUAUUUUCGUUCACCACCUCCAUAUGACCAGCAAAUGUUAAGUCCUUCCUAUUGCAGUGAGGUGACACCUAGGGAAGCUUGUAUGUACUCAGGUUCUGGGGCUGAAAUCGCAGGUGUCUCAACCGUCGAUGACUUGCCGCCUCCUCCCCCUCCCCCUUUGAGCUGCAAUAUGUGGACUUCUGUUGCACCUUACACCAGCUACAGCGUUCAGACAAUGGAAACUGUGCCUUAUCAGCCUUUCCCUGCUCAUUUUACUACCACCACCAUGAUGCCAAGACUCCCCUCUAUCACAAGUCAAAGCUCACAGCCACCAGGUAAUAGCCCCUUCAGUGUCUACAAUCAGCUGUCUCAGUCUCAGGUUCGGGAGCGAGUUCCUCCUUCAUCCUUCCCGAGGGAAAGAGUGCACCCAUCUGUUUGCGAGAGGAAGCCCCCAUCUCCGCACUUAAACACGGCAAACGAAUUUCUGUACUCACAAAGCUUUUCACUCUCGAGGGAAUCUUCAUUACCAUACCAUUCAGGAAUGGGGACUGUGGAAAACUGGACUGAUGGAUGAUUCUAAUAUCUAAGUAACAAAACAGCUAGUUUUACUGCUCCUGAACAACGUUACUUCAGUGUUAAUUCCUGGGAGUAACUUGCACUUCAGUGAAACCUACACACAUGUACAAUUCCAAAGGGGUGUGUGUGUGUAUGAGGCGUUUGUAUGUUUACACAUAUACAACUCGGUACAAAGUAA